AUGUCGAUUUUACUGGUUUAUGGAAGCGAGACGGGUUGUGCGCAAGAUACCGCAGAAUCGCUGCGUCGCGAAGCGCUUCUCCGUAAUGUCCCGGCAAGAAUUUACGGACUAGACGAGUACGAAUUUAGUGUAAGUUGAAUUUUUCCAUUUUCUUCUGAUUUUUUAUUUCGAAAUUUGCAGGAUCUAGUUGAUGAAACAAUUGUGAUAUUUGUGGUUUCGACAACCGGGCAAGGUGAAAUGCCACCGAAUAUGCGACAUUUUUGGCGUCAACUUCUGAGAAAAUCGCUACCCAAGGAUUUCCUCGAAAAUGUUGGUUUUUGUUUGCGAAAAAAGUAGGAAAUUAAUUAAAUUUCGAAAUUUGAUUGAUUUUGCAGCUGAAAGUUGGUGUUUUGGGACUCGGUGAUUCCUCAUAUCAAAAAUACAAUUUCGCCAGCAAAAAGUUAUAUCGCAGGCUGAUUCAAUUGGGAGCAAAAAUGAUGCUCGACCUAGGUUUGGCUGAUGAUCAACACGAGAUUGGAAUCGAUGGUGCGCUAAUUCCCUGGAAAACUGAGCUAUGGUCGAAGAUUUAUGAGAUGAAUCUAUUUGAUGGGAUGCUCCAGGAGCCGAGUUUUGAUAUCAAAAUCGAGCCUAAGUAUCGAUUUGUGGAGGAUUUUGAGGGAAAAAAUGAAGAUGAGGUUGAAGAAGAGAGCGAAUAUCAAAAUUUAGAAGUUCUGGAGAAUCUGAGAGUCACCGCGGAUGAGCAUUUUCAAGAGACGAGAUUAGUGAAAUUCGCAUCAGGUAGGAGUUUCUGAAGUUUUAAUAAAAUCCCGAUCGAAGAAAAUAUUGACGUGAGAAAAAAAGAUUUCUUUUAAAAAAGUUACGUCUGGGAAUAGAAUUUGUGAAGUUUAAUGAGACAUAGAUUAUAAAAGCAAAAAAUUGAAUUUAAAACAAAUUGAUUUCAAAAUUAAUCUACCUAUGAAAUAUUUCAUAGUUUGUUUUUCAAUAAAAUUUGGAAGCUGAUUCUAUACCAUCAAGUGUAAUUCAAAGCUUCAUCUAAUCAUUUAAACAUUGUAAUUUAUAAACAACUUUACUCUAACAUCAAUAAUAAUUAUGAAUUAAAAACUUUACCCAAUAUUUUCAAAUGAAGCUCAAAUCUCAUCUGUUAGUUUUGUUCUUCCCCCCAAACCUCAAAAUAAACUAACUUGACUGGCCCGUUCCGUGAAAAGUUGUUGAUCUUUUUGAAUGUCCUGUCCGAACGAAACAUCUUCUUCUUCGGAAACCUGAAACUUCUACAUUAUUUUUCUCAAAAUCUUCGCCUAUUCUUAAACUUACAUCAGAAAAUGACAAUUGUAGAUUUUAUGGGAUCCCUGCAUUCUGUGACGGUUGUCUCUGAAAAAAAUAAGAAAAUUAAAAAAUGUACCAAAUCAAUAACUUUUUCUGCGCUGAAAAAACCCACUCAAAAACCAGAAAAAAAACAAAAAAAUAAAAAUGUCGUGCAAAAUAAAAAUUAAAAAAACAACGAUACUCCGCGUGCCCAUUGUUUAGCGUGUUUAUUUUGCUGUUUUUUUGCAGGGUAGAUGAGAGAGUGUGGGAAAUAGAGAGAGGGUUAGAGAGAGAGAGAGAGAGAGAGAUGUUUUUUAUUUGAAAAGAAAUUAUUGAUUGAACGUUUUUUUUUUCGAACUGAAUCAUUUUUCUGGUUUUUUUCAGCGCGGAAAAUGUUAUUAAUGGGGUGAUGCUGCGAAAAAUUGGUUUUUCUUCAAAAUUUAGAAAUUUUGAGGAUUUUCUGACUGUUUCGCCUAGGGGCACGGCUCCUAGUUAUUCUUUUUAUCCAAUGUUUCUUUCCAGACCUUCCCUACAAUCCUGGUGAUGUUCUAAUGGUCCGACCUGAAAAUCCCGAAGAAACCGUACAAAUUGCAAUCGAAGCACUAGGCUUGACAAAUGAGGAUUUGGACAAAAAGCGACGAGUUGUGCAAAACGAUAAAUUCUCAAAACCGCCGCAAUUUUCAAUUUUCGGAAAAAUCACAACACUUCGGAUUUGUCUGCAGAAAUAUUUCGAUUUGCACCAAAUUCCGAAACGCUCAUUUUUCGAAAUUCUUGGAUAUUUAUCAACUGAUUCAAUGGAAAAAGAACGUCUUUUUGAGUUGGCAAGUCCGCAAGGUUUGGAUGAUUUGCUAGAUUAUUCUACAAGAUGUCGAAGGACUACCGCUGAAACUUUGAGGGAUUUUCCAGCGACGGCGAAGAAGCUGAAAUUGAAUUUUGAUCAAUUUUUCGAGCUGUUUACUUCAAUUCGCCCGAGAGCUUUUAGUAUUGCAUCUAGUCCCAAAAGUCCAGGAGGCCAAAUUCAUUUGAUUGUGGCCAAAGUUGAAUAUAAAUCUCGAAUGUCUACACCAAGACUUGGAUUAUGUAGCACAUUUAUAUCCAGAUUGUCCAAAGGAGAUCGAGUUUUGUGUCGAGUUCGGGCUGGAACUUUCAAAUUUGUUGGCCCGGAGACUCCGGUGAUAUGUAUUGGACCUGGGACCGGAGUAGCGCCGUUUAGAAGUUUUUUGGGGGAGAGGGAGUUGAGGUAGGAUUUUUGGGGUUUAACAUUGAAAAAUCUGAAAAAAAUGUCAUAAUUUCCAGUUUUGAAAAAUCUCAAAAUUUCUCCAAAUUUUUUUCAAAUGCUACGUGCCCCCGUGACGUGGCAUUUCAAGAUCAGAAAUUUUCCAAAAAAAAAAUUAUUUCUCAAUUUUUCAAAUCUCAAAACCUUCAUGUUUUUUUUGACAAAAUCUAUAAUUUUCGCAUCUCCCAAUUUUGAAGAAAGUUGAAAAUUAUCGAAUUUUUUCAGGAUAAGGAUAAGCACGAAACAAUUAAUAUUUUUGAGAAAUUAUAACACCCCAAUUUCAGGAAAAAAAAUCAUUUCGAAAAAAGUCCUGUUUAAAAUAUUUUUCCAGCCAACCUUCUCCAUCCACUUCCCUUCUCUUCUUCGGUUGUCGCGGUCCAAACCUCGACAAUUAUUUUGCCGACGAUUGGAAAACCAUGCAAAACAUCGAAGUCAUCACCGCCUUCAGUCGAAAUCCCGAAAACCAAGGACGCAAAAUCUAUGUCCAACAUCAAAUUCUGAAGAACGCCGCGAAAGUUUGGCAAAUUUUGAAUCAAAAUGGAUCGAUUUAUAUUGCUGGAAGUGCUGGUGAUAUGCCAAAAGCUGUGCUGGCAGCGAUCCAAGAGAUAGAACAGGAAAUUGGCGGACAGCCAAAUGAUUGGGUAACGAAGGCUGAGAAUUCGGGGAGAAUACAAUUUGAAACAUGGUCUUGA